GAUCUAUAACUGACUUGAUGACUUCGACCACCUCCCCUUAACCAACUCUCGGUUUGCUGAACUGCAACCUCCUUUGUAGAAUGUCAUGGACUCACUAUACUCUUCGGAUAACUGCUAUUGCUGAAAGGAGACCUUUAACGAAAUUACGUAGCCACCAUGUGCAGGCACAUGUUGGCGUUCGCCCAAUAUCUUCUGCGGUACAUUUCUACCAGAACCGACAGUUAGAGCUCUAUGCGUCGAAGAAAGCUCAGAGACUGACUCUCAGGCAACUGGUUUUCUUCGGACGUUCGUUGGAUGAGGAGCGCAUGAUCAAGGGUGCAAAUUAUGUACGGACAGAACUCCCUGUUCGGAUCGCUCACAGAUUGAGGGACCUGCAAGCGCUCCCGUACGUGGUGGUCACCCAGGAAGGAGUUGCAAAGGUCUACGAGCUCUAUUGGUCUGCUUUCGAGAAAUUUCGUCGAUAUCCUCAAAUCAAUACUCUUGCAGAGAAUGAUGCAUUUUGUCAAUUCCUGAGGGGCCUCCUGAACGAACAUGCUGUUGUGAUCCCUAACCUUUCCUUAGGCCUCUCGCUUUCCUCCCCUUAUCUGGCUCCUGAAAGACUGGAUGCCUUUAUGCGUCGUAUGCUUGUAUCACGUAUUUCGAGACGCGUACUUGCCGAACACCACAUCGCCUUGUCGCAAGAUGCAAAAGAAAUACGGGAAGGCCGCCAUUUCUCCGAUGAUCAUGUUGGUAUCAUCCAAACAGGACUCAAUGUCAAGGAAUGUAUCGAUAGGUGUACAACAUAUCUCCGAUGUAGACCUCCAGACGUGGAUGGUGACGUGGCAGAAGGUGGGAGCGGAGCAGAUUGGUCUGAGGUUGUUAUCGACGGACACCUCGACACGAAGUUUGCCUAUAUACGAGAACAUCUUGAAUACAUAGUCUUCGAGUUAUUAAAGAACUCUUUCCGAGCAACAAGGCUAAAGCACCCAAACGUCUCGCAGUUACCACCCAUAGGCGCUACGAUUGUGUCCGGUAACAACCAUGUCACUAUACGUAUCUCUGACCAAGGUGGAGGCCUCAUGAUGCCGCAAAUCAAGUCACCAUCCGACCUCUUUUCAUUUUCUCAUCUUCGUAAUGCGACCAGACUGGAGGAUGCCCGUCUGGGAGCACUGCGGACCGUCAGCUCCCGGAAACAGGGAGUGAGGGCUACCGUUGACGAACAAAUUGACACCUGGCAACGCCCGUCUGAAGCAAGGCGGGCGGAGAAUGGCACAAAUCAGGGUGGUUCCCCAAGCCCCCUGCCUCGGAUUGGGAUUGGAUUACCAAUGAGUAAUAUUUUUGCCAAUUACUUCGGCGGAUCGCUGGAGCUGAUUAGCAUGGAUGGAUACGGCACCGACGUGUAUCUUCGGCUGCCAAGACUUGGUACUAACCUAGAAGGCAUUGAAGUAUAGGUACGGGGAUGAAGAGGAGCUGAAGGCUGGUGCGGAGUUGCUAUAUGUAUUACUGUAUUUGUAUAAUGAGUAUUUUACGACUGCUCUGCACAGGCGGAACUUUUGAUGGAACUUCUUUGAG